AAAAAAGAGAAAAAAAGCCCAUCCUGCGCACAUAAUAACACAGCAAAUCUGGUCACACUUUUUGUUGAUAUUUUGCGUAAAAACUUUAUCGAAAUUGAUUAUUGAAUGGCUUCCGCGACACCACAGGGAGCAAACCUGCUCUACGGGUUGAGAAAAUCCACCCGCUUUACCAAAGGAUUCGGUGCGCUGCUGCCCCAAGCGUACCGGAAGUUUUGGAAUGAAUGGAAACAUCAACAGCCAGCGGCAGUGCAUUAUGUACCCAAGGAUGGAAUGUUCCAGCGGGAAGACAUUACCGGGCUUGUAACACCGAUCCAAAACGUUCCGCUUCCACUGAUCGAUCCACCGGAAGCGCACGAUGGCAUCUGGGGUGGUGAAGCGGUCAUCAAGGGUUUCCAAAAGCGCAACCAGUACAAACGACGCGUGCCACACUACUGGGUGCCUGUGUUGCGCCGAUCGGUCGUACAUAGUCGUGUGUUGAACGAGUACAUGGCCGUUACCGUAACUGAUCGGACGUUGGCACAGAUACACGAUCACCAUGGGUUCGAUCACUAUCUGCUCAAAACGCCAGCCUGUGACCUACGCUCCAUGUUGGCAAUUAAGUUGAAAAGGAAAAUUCUUGAAGAACUAGCCGCCGGUUGUCCAAGGCUAGCAGCGGAACCGACCAAACAGCAAGACUAUCUGAAAGAGUUUGCCUGCUACCUGGAGCAGUACACGCCGGAAGAGAUCGAAUGGUACGGGCUGACGUACCAGGAAGCAGUGACCAAAAUACGAAUCCAAACCGAAGACAAAGAUGCUGAGCUGCCGCAGAAAAUCCUUUUCCGUCAGAAACUGAUCGAACAGCUACGGGAAGCUGGUAUCCGGGAGGCAGGACAGGACGGGGAGAGUGGAGAUGUGGAAGAACUGAAGGGAAUCAAGGAUUCCACCUCAUCCUCGUGGCUGUCGAAGUUAAGCUUUAAGCCGAAAAAUUGGUAAACUGUGCG